ACAAACACACACACACACACACUCUCUCUCUCUCACACACACUCUCUCUCUCUCUCUCUCUCUCUCUCUCUCUCUCUCACACACACACACACACUCUCUCUCCAUCUCUCUCUCACACACACACACUCUCUCUCUCUCUCUCUCUCUCUCUCUCUCUCUCUCUCUCUCUCUCACACACACAAACACACACACACACACACGCAGCGGACAGCUGGCAUGAUUCAGAUGAAUAAAAGUGUAACAUCGACUAGAUUUCCUUGUCCUUUAUCCAGCACGCCAUGAUCAUACGGUUGUGUUGUUUAGUGGCCCAAAGAGGCAGCUGAUCAUCUGUUAGAGCGCUCAUUACAUUACAGCUGCACAUUUCUGGGAUCUCUUUGAAGAACCCAGCAUCUAAGAAUGAGUGUGCAGAACUCUAAGAAAGCCAUGGAUGGAGGCUGGGGCUGGGUCAUUGUGGUGGCCUCAUUCAUAGCACAGCUCCUCGCCUACGGCUCCCCCCAGUCUGUUGGAGUGCUUUAUCCCGAGUGGCUCAAUGCCUUCCAAGAGAGCAAGGGGAUGACCGCGUGGGUGGGGUCUCUUGUCUCCGGAGUUGGCCUCAUUGCCAGUCCCAUCUGUAGUGCCUGUGUGGUCAGUUUCGGAGCCAGACCAGUGACCAUCUUCAGUGGAGUCAUGAUCUCCGGAGGCCUUAUGCUUAGUGCCUUCGCCCCCAGUGUCCACUUCCUCAUGUUUUCCUAUGGCGUAGUCGUCGGAGUAGGCUGUGGACUCCUGUAUGCUGCUACUGUGACCAUCACAUGCCAGUACUUUGACAAGAAGCGAGGCCUUGCUCUUGGCAUUGUUACUACAGGUACAAGUAUUGGUGGAUUCCUCUAUGCUACUGCACAGAACGAGUUCAUUGAACUUUUUGGUCUUGAUGGCUGCCUGCUGCUCAUUGGGUCAUUUGCACUCAACAUCGUUGCCUGUGGUGGACUGAUGAGGCCGUUGAACUUGCCAGCUUACUACCUCAAGCAGAGAGCUGCCCUGGUGGAGAAGGCUGAAGAGAAGCUCGGGGAAAGACCUCUGGUCCUUGAUCACUCCAUUAAAAAGGACCUGUCUGUCACUGAUCUUCUAAUCACGGCAGAGACCAAAGGCACUGAAAAGGCUUCUGAAAAGGAAUUGCUGAUCUGUUCAGCCUUGGUAAGACUUCUCAAGAAGAAGCAAAAGGCCUACAUAGAUUACUUGCACUCCAUUGCUGAACAAAUGAGGGACCGGGUGUUUGUAGCCAUGUGCUUAGCACUGUUCCUUUACACCGUUGGGGCAUUUCCUCCACUGCUCUUCCUGGAGGAUGUGGCCCAAAGCGAGGGCUUGAUUGAGGGCAUCAGCGUUGUCCCUCUGGUCUCAAUAUUUGCUAUUGCAGGGGGUAUUGGGAAGCUGCUGCUGGGAAUGGUGAUGGACAUCCGCUGGAUGAACAGCUUUUUCCUCUAUGGUGUCACGCUGGUGGGCAGUGGCAUGGGACUGCUGCUCAUCCCUUUCAUUAAGAGCUACGUAGGGCUCCAGGUAAUCUCUGCAGUACUGGGUUUCUUCUCAGGGAACUGGUCUAUCACACCCUACAUGACCACCAAGGUGGUUGGCAUAGAGCGGCUCACUGAGGCCUACGGGAUAUUGAUGUUCUUUGGUGGAUUUGGGAUUAUGCUGGGACCCCCAAUUGUAGGCUGGUUCUAUGAUUGGUUGCAGUCCUAUGAUCUGGCCUUCUACUUCAGUGGGAGUUGUGUGCUGCUGGGUGGAGUGCAACUUCUACUUUUUGCCCUGUCCUGCUGGGACAAAACCCACGACCCAUCUCCCAAACCUGAAGCACAGCAUGAUAAUAACUGUGACAGGGUGGCAGCCGUCGCCUAAAGUAUGGACAAUGUUUUCUUGCCUGCACAAAUCCGUGGCUGAACCUGAAGAUGUUUUUUUUAACUUGAUUUAGUUUCCAAUACUUCAGUUGGUGCUUUAAAUACAUGGUAAAGUAACGGACCCAAACUCGUCCUGUCCUCAGUUGUCAUUUCCUUGCCUUGUUUUAUGAGGCUCCAGUGUAUGGAGAAAAAUUAGCAACAAAAAGUUUUUUUAAAUGCAUGACCAAGCGUUGUGUUUCUCUUUAUAUUGUAAUAACUGAGAACAUGAUGUCAUGACACUAAUUGAAGCAAAUGCCUUUUUUUUUGCAACACUAUACCAUAUUCUAGUGACAUCUUGACCUUUUUUGUUAGUGUUGUUGUUAAUGUACCAAAGUUAUUUAAUUUUUAUUAUCGUGGACAAAGGGUUAAAUCGACAAUCUCAUGCCACGUUUUAAACCCAUGUGUCUUUGUGCUGCUGAAAUUUCUUUGUCACAUAGUGUUGGGCUUUUUUUUAAUUAUUAUUAUUAUUAUUAUUAUUAUUAUUAUUAUUAUUAUUAUUAUUUGGACUAAAGAUCUGACUUUUUUAAAAAAAAAAAAACCUAUUGAAGUGUUUGUGUCUGCACGUGAGUCAGGUAACGUCACCAGUCCCUGAAUUUCAUUUCAUUGUAUUUUGAUAUAUUUCAAGCAAUAUGUAGACAUUUUAUUAGUCCGUUUCUGUUUGUAUCCUCUAACACUUUUAGACUGUUGUAUUUUUACAUGCACUGUAAGUAGGUUGUGUAGUAAAGAUCUCUGUAUUUUUCUUUCUUUUUUUACAUAAAGUAUUAUUUUAAUUGAA